UGUAGAGUCUUUUUGCUGUGUGUUAACCGAUUGGCUGUUUCUUAGUUCUGUGCUAGCUCUACGGUGGAAUAGUCUAUUUCUAGUCUUUACGCGCAUCUGGACGUGACUCUCCCCGCGUCAAACCCGAUCAUGAGGUCUCCGAGGGUCUUCAUCGGUCUACGGAGCUGCUGGAUCACCGACGGGAUCCGGUAAUACAAACGCCCCGCUCCGUUCCCCCUCACACCCACGCGGACAGAAUCUGGGUUUUGCGGCACUUGGCGCUGCUUCUGCAUUCACUCUGCCGCGCGCGUCCCGGUUCCGCGAUGGUUCUGCGUCGCCUGCGCGUCUGAUGACUCCCCCCGCACCGGCAGCAGCAUGUCCUCGCGGAAGAUUUCCUCCGAAUCCUUCAGCUCCAUGGGCUCGGACUACCUGGAGAGCCCCGGGGAGGACGGAGAGUGCCCGUUCUCGCGCGUCUUCUGGAACGGCAGGAGCCCCGUGGAGACGCUCUCGUGUCCGUUCGAGGACGCGGCCGUCAGCAGGAGGCUCGCCCGGCGUAAACGCGUCAAUCUGGACUCGCUCGGAGAGAGUUUGAGACGCCUCACCUCACCGACGACGCAGACAAUUCAGCUGGCCCUGCAGAGAACAAUGGAGGUUUACAGACAGAAGGAAAUAAGUGGACAAGAGUUUGUAGGAAGCUUGUCAGACGAGCAGAAGUGUUUGUUUGAGAACUCUCGCUGUGACAGCCAGACUGACAUCUCAGGAAUACUGAAAUACACAGCAACUGUUUUAGGCAUGGACUUUGCCGACAUCCGUGGCCGAUUCGGAGAGGAAUUCUUCGGUUUGUGUCUUGAGGAGAACGAGAGGGUUCUGCGAGCUCUCGGCGGAAACCUGCAGGACUUCUUCAACGGUUUCGACGCACUUCUAGAACACAUCAGAACAUCCUGUGGCCGCCGAGCGUCGUCUGAUGCUCCUUCUUUCCUAUGCAAAGAUGCUCCCCAGGAGAGCGAAGAGACGAAUGCGGAGAGUGGUGUUGGACGGACUCUCCUCCUCCACUGCUUCAACCCUGACCCUACUGUGGGUGUGGCCAUGCCGGGCUUAAUCCGGGCCGCUGCUCGACGCAUCUACCAAUCGGAUGUCUUGGUAGAGGAAGCUCCUCCCACAUGGCUGCACACAGCCAAUGAGGACGGUGAGCUCUCGACGGACUCCUCCCCCUCUUCAUCCCCAUCUCCACCCUCGUCUUCAUCUCCUGCCUGUUUGUCCUUCCUCAUUCGAGAGGUCCGGACUCAACCCACAUCCUCGCCCUCGCACACCACCACCGGAUCUCGCCAGCUAUCGCGCUCGCCGCUGGAUUUGCGCAUCGGUCUGAGCACGUUUUGCCGGGCCUUUCCCUUUCACCUGGUUCUGGGACCCAACAUGGAGGUCCUGCAGGUCGGGGAGGGGUUUCGGAAACAGACGAAGAGCGAGCCGCACCGGACACUCACCUUCAGCAACAGCUUUGAGCUGGUUUCUCCCAGAAUCCCCUGCUCCUUCCAAAACAUUCUGCUCCGGCUGUCCACGCCGUUCACUAUUCGUACACGGCCUGAUGGAUCAGCACUCGACAGCAGAGAGAAGGUGAUGGAGCUCAAAGGUCAGAUGCUUCACCUCCCGGAAUCCAACUCCAUAAUGUUUCUGGGUUCGCCGCGUGUUGAUAGGCUGGAAGAGCUCAUGGGGCGGGGCUUACAUCUGUCUGACAUCCCUAUUCAUGAUGCCACACGUGAUGUCAUUCUGGUUGGAGAACAGGCCAAAGCUCAGGAUGGGCUGAAGAAGCGCAUGGAUAAACUCAAAGCCACCCUGGAGAAAACCCAUCAGGCUUUAGAGGAGGAGAAGCGCAGAACCGUCGACCUGCUCUACUCCAUCUUUCCCGGCGAUGUUGCUCAGAGACUCUGGCAGGGCCUUCCCGUUCAGGCCAAGAAGUUUGAUGAUGUCACCAUGCUGUUCUCUGACAUCGUGGGCUUCACGGCCGUGUGCGCGCAGUGCACGCCAAUGCAGGUCAUCAGCAUGCUGAACGAACUCUACACGCGCUUCGACUACCAGUGUGGCAUCCUGGACGUCUACAAGAUUGAGACUAUCGGCGAUGCGUACUGCGUGGCAGGCGGGCUCCACAGGAAGAUUGACAGCCAUGCUAAGCCAAUCGCGCUCAUGGCGCUGAAGAUGAUGGAGCUGUCAGAGGAAGUGCUGACGCCCGAUGGGAAGCCAAUCAAGUUGAGGAUCGGGAUCCACUCGGGCUCAGUGCUGGCUGGAGUGGUCGGUGUGAAGAUGCCACGCUACUGUCUGUUUGGAAACAACGUCACUCUGGCCAGCAAGUUUGAGUCGGGCAGUCACCCGCGCUGCAUCAACGUCAGCCCAACUACAUACCAACUCCUGCGUGACGAGCGCACAUUCACCUUCAUCCCUCGCUCCCGGGAGGAGCUUCCCGACAACUUCCCCAAAGAAAUCCUGGGAAUCUGCUAUUUCCUGGAGGCGGGGAAAAACCCGAGCCACGCCUCUCUCACCAGCACUCGCUCCGCCCCCAUCCGGAAAGUGUCCUAUAACAUUGGGACCAUGUUUCUACGGGAGACUAGCCUCUGAGAUGGCCCCGCCCAUUUGCUAUGACAUCAUGUCCUGGAGACUAGUGUUGCCUGUGGCAACUGUUGGCCCCACCUCUCGACCGGAGAGUUGCCCCAGAGGCGUGACACAGAGAGGGUGGGGAGGACGGUCCCGCCCCUUUAAAGGAGCCAUGGAUAAUUGUGUUCUGAAAUACAAUAAAAACAAAAAUAUGUAUAUAUAUAUAUAUAUAUAGAUAUA